CAGGCAUCACUAUAAUACAUUAGACAUCACAGUGGAAAAGGAAACCCACAUGAUCUUUUAGGCCAGUAAUUCGGAUAGUCAAUCGAUACCAGCUAGACACCCAGAAAGUCACUGGAAAGAAACACAACUUACAUAAAUGUGAUUGUUUUACUUCGAUGACAGCCAGGUAAUGAAGAAACAAAAGACAAUAGACGGAUUUGAUUACCGAUCCAUGCGAGCGCUUAACUUUAAUCAAAAGAUGAAAACUUUAAAAACCAUCCGCAAAUAUUCUGCUUUCGCUUUUGAUCUUGCUGCUGUUGUACCUCGGAAAUUUCUGUAGGGUUCUUGAGGUGUUCGAUUGAGGCAGAGAAAUGGCGGAUUUGCUUCUGACUUCCAACAUUACAUUCUAACUCCAUCUACUUAAAUUCAAUGAAUUGAUGGGUUAGAGAUUUGGAUAGAUGAAUUUCUGUGUAAACUUACCAUAUAAUGUUAAAUAUUUAGUACUUUACAUUUCAAUAUCUCAACUUAUGCUUUAUAAUAACGGGAAGCAUAGUAAUAUAGUCAUUAUGGAUAAUUUGAAGAAAAAGAGGUACCAAGAUCCUAAUGAUUAGGGGAUAAUAGGGUGUCGGUUAUCCAAUUUAACCACUUACCAAACCAAAUAAUCGGUUAAUCGGAUAACCGAAAACUGAUUAUAUUGCAUUGCGGUGUUGGUGUCGGUUGCCGUUUUGGAGGAAUAUUUAUAACUGAAGGUUGCCGGUUGCUAACCGAUAAAAACUUGGUGCACCGUUGUUAACCGCCAUACAUCUUCCUCUCCUCUUGUCGCUCUCUGACUCUCUCCCUUUCCUUCCUUUCCCAAUCUCAACAUUCUCCACCUUCGCCCUCCUGAAACCCUAAUUCAUAAAUUUCAAUCUAAACUUCCCUAUCUCAAUUUUUGGUAGAGAUUAAUCAACAUGACGGUUCAGUUAAAUCGUAACUGAAUCGACUAUCACCCUUAUUAAUGAAAUCGUCUUUGUCACGAAAAUGAGUAAAAAUCAUAUUUGUAUACAUUUUGUUGUACCAACCAAAAUUUUCAAUAUCUUUUCAAUUCUUUGUUUAAAAGACCUUUCAAACUAGUUCAUUUGUGAAUUAACGGUUCAUUUAUCCGACAUAUUUGUAAGUUAAUCUUACAUAAUAAUUUUAUAAAAUGUGAGAUCGUUAAUUUGAUUUUUAUUAUUAGCCACACAUUACGGAAGAUUAUAUAACACUGUUAUAUAACAAUUUUAAAAUAUACUAAAUAAAUCUUAUAAAGGUUUAAGGGAUAGUUAUUUCUUAUAUAUCAAUCAAACAAACGUGUUAUAUAAGUCUUCCGUAGUAACUAAGACACUAUGCAAAGCUAAUGGAAGUGUCUUACGUAAUAACUUAAUUUUUUUUAUAAAAAUAAUUAGUUUAUUAUCGCCGUGAAGCACGGGUACAAAACUAGUAAUAUAAUUAAGUCGUCUCAAUUCGCCUCAGCUCCUUAUAUUUAAUAAUUAUAUUUUUCAAUUUCUUGAAGCAAGAAUUUACAUGGGCGCCCCGAUAUUCAACGACAAGGGCUACGGACCGCCUCCCUAGAGAUGGAAAGGUUCUGACUGGCCGGAGCCAAUUUCACCGGCUGCAACAAGUAUUAUACAUUUGGUGUAGUUGGAUAUAUCGUUUUUGGUGGUCCAGCUACGACUUCAAUAUGAUGACUAACUAAAAUUUUGUAUGUCCGUGUUUUGUUAACAGUAAGAUAAUCGGGACACGUGUUUAUGCCACAAUGCACAAGGAGCUGGAGACUUCGUCGGCGGACACCCAAGGGCACGACACUCACACAGGCUCCACCGUAGUUGGGGCGCAAGUGAAGGGAGCUAGUUUGUAUAGGAUCGGAAAGGGCACGACUAGAGGCAGCGUUCCGUCAGCUCGACUCCAAAUAUACAAGGUGUGCAGCACGGAGGGUGACGACUACUGCUAUGAAGCUGACAUAUUUGCUGGUUUCGGCGAUGCCAUCAAUGACGGAGUGGACUUCAUUUCCCUAUCAAUCGGUGGUCCUCCCAGCGAAUACUUCAAAGAUGUGAUCUCCAUCGGAUCUGACCACGCGAUAGAGCACGGAAUCCUCACAAGAGCCGCUACCGACAACAAUGGCGGCUACCCUAAUAUCGUGCCCAACGUAGCUCCCUGGAUUUUGACUGUCACGGCCACUGACAGGGCUAAGCAGUAUAAGACCACAGUUGGCCUCGAGAACAGAGUUUAAGAAAAAUGAGAGAAAGAUUUGGGUGGAAGAGCAGCAGACGUGCUUGGCAAUGUAGUCA